AUGAAGAUGAAUCGUCUUGACGGUAAAGAAGUCCAUCGCCCCGCCUCCUCCGCCUCCGCCUACGCGCCCGAUGCCAACGCGUCGAACCACAACGGCGAAAAUGGAGGAGAGAAACGACGAAGCAGAAGACGGAGACGAAGAAGCAGAAGCGCGCGCGCUCGGGGUUCUAGACAUGGGUCGUCGCGUCGAUCGCGUUCCGGCUCGCCCUCGUCUACCUCCCAGGAACCUCCGCCUGUCCACCCGCCCAGAGGUCGCUACCCCUCUCACCAGCAUUCGCCGCCUUGGGGAAGGCUACUGGUUGAAGCAGUCGGUGAUGUCUCUCCCUACGCAGGUUCGGCUCUGUUCGAUCAGGAAGGAAGCUGCUUGUUUGCCUACGGUUCUCCUUUGCUGUUGCUCGUUCUCGGACCUCUCGCUGUCGAAAGAAUGAUGGUGGCGACGGACGACUUCGUGGAGGCAGACAACGUGGAGGCCAUCAUCUCCAGGAUCGAGCACAAGUCCCGCAAGAUCGAGAGCUUGCUCAAGCAGUCGAAGCUAGUGGAGCCUCUCAAGACUGCCCUCGAAGGAUCGCCUCCGAACACGGGGGACAAGCAAUGCAAGGUUCGCCCUGUUUUUUUUGGUGGGUGUUUGCUGCUUGUAUCGGUAGAUCUUUCCGGGUGGUGAAGUCGCGGUCUUUGCAGUCAGCGAACUGGAUAGUGGUGCACAGAGCGAUAAUGGCGAUGAAGGAUCUGGACGCCCUGUUCUCUUCCCUGGAUCCCGAGUACUACAACAUCCUCAUGAAGGAUGUUACCAUCAGGAGACAUUGCAGCCCUGGUCUAUCUGUGGAACCCUUUCACAAUAGUUGCAUGUGUGGGUCUAUUGACAUCCCCUAUUGAAAAUUUGGCAAUCCUAUUAGCCCUUUAUGGUGCUGUAACACAGAACAAGCUUUGCUGGCUAUGAAGAUCUGGAAGUCCCACCGUAAGACUCUAAUCUUCAUUGGCCGUCGCUUUGUCAUUUUCAAGGAG